UUUUUUUGGGUUGCCAGCCCUGACUCCAGCGGCAUCUUCGUUCAAAUAAAAGUCGUUUUUGUUGUAAUUUUGACAGUAGCUGCCUCAAACGUCAGUUAUGGAUUUCGACCUGAGCAAAGAAAAUAUACAGCCCCUACGAGGGGGCCGCAACCCCCAACAGCUCGGCAUGGCGCUGCAGGCGCAGACCAACAGGGAAACGCAGCUCGAGCUCGAACGGCAGAGAGAGGAGUUCGAGACGGCGAUCAGAACGUACGAGGGUGUCGAUCCGCUGGACAAUUGGUAUCAUUACAUUUCGUGGGUAGAACAGAGCUAUCCAAAGCACGGACAUGAGGGCAAUCUGGUCAAUCUCCUCGAACACUGCCUUGCCAGGUUUGAAUCUGAUCCCAGGUACCUUGACGACAGACGGUUUUGCAAACUAUGGAUAAAAUAUAUUGACAUGCAUUCAGAACCAAUAGAACUAUUUCACAUGAUGUACGCAAAUGGGUUAUGUAGGGGUUGUGCAGACCUUUACAAAGCAUGGUCUCACUAUCAUGAAGCUGCCGAGGAUUUUCAGGGCGCCAACAACAUACUUGAACUGGGUAAAAAGGCUAUGGCCCAACCAUAUGAAGAACUCGAGAUGGCCUAUCAAAAUCUGUUGAUGGCUGUUGGACAAUAUAAUUUGUGGCAGAACUUGCAUGGGCCGGACGUGGCGCGUCGCUCCAUCGUCGAAAAGCGCCAGGUCCUCACCUCUCUCCACACGUAUAGGCCGGGCAGGGUGGCUUCGGUCCGCACGGCGUCGGGCGGUCCCGGCGCCGUCGGCUUCGGUCACGCGGCCUCCGCCCCGCACAGCAGGACCAACGCCCCGAUUGCGGUGUUCGAGGACAACAGAACGGGGGCGGGAAUGACGGCCGGACCGGACGACGUCGGACCGCAGAGCAUCAUAACGGCGGCGCGACGACAGAACGCGGUCAAGGAGAACGCACUGAGGCCGGGCGCGUGGACAGGUGCCACCAAGAAGCGUCCGACCGUUAUGAAAAAUAAUCUCGGAUUUACAGUGCAUGAAGAUGGGACGGACAGUCCAGAAACAUCGUCCGGCGGCAGCAACAACAGCUUCAAUCAUUCGUUGCCACGCGAGUGCUUGGAGGACUAUUCGAAGUGGCGGCCCAGCAUCAGGUUGGCUGAACCGGCGGAUCCACGUAUGAUACCGAUGUACCCCAAGGACAGGGUCUACAUAGAUCCCAACACGGAAUACAGUAUCGAAGAGCUGCGUUCGAUCAGAUACAACUCGAGGCGGAAGUACCACCGUCGGUCUCAGGCCGCAGACGUCAAUGCUGAUGGUGCAGCCUCAAAUCACAGUCAACAGAUGCAACAGACCAUGCCGUCGUUGAUGUUACAACAGACUUUAGUACCCAGACCGGACAGUUUUUAUCAAACCAUGACGUUCCCGCCUCACGCCGACAAGACAGAGGCCACUCAGUUGCAAGACGACAACAGGACCCAACAUCCGGUGGUGAUCCUUGACUCGCCCGAGGCCAGCCCCCAACACCCGUCCGCGAUGGGCGCCUGCGCCCCCGUCACGAACAACAGUUGGUGCAUCGGUCAGCCGCCGCAGACGCCUCAACUGCAAGACAUGUCGUCGCCCAAGCUGGAGCCGAUGGCCAGCAACAGCUGGCGCAUCGGUCAGUCACCACAAAUCCAGCUGUCGGACACCACUCAGUUCGAGGGCCUACCGAACAACACUUUACGCGUGGGUCAGGCGUCACAAACGCAACAGUCCAAGCUCGAACUGCUCUGGAACAAUUCGUCAACCAGCGAUUCGUCAACGGCGAGUCUGAGCGCUCCGGCGCCCAAGUCUAAGGUGGUGGUUUAUGAGCAAUCCAUGACUGAAGUACCGGCUCACACCAUUCAGCCGAAAGGCACCGCCAUGAAGACCCCAUUCAAGGCCCUGACUGCCGACGAGCUGGCCGAGACGGGUUCACGUGGCGGCAUGGACGUGGCCGAGACGGCCAAGGCGGCCGACGGGGCGCACUCGCGUCGCAGCGUGGCCCCCUCGCCCGUCGUGCCGCCCGUCAACGCGGCCCUCUUUAACGACGACAGCUCGUCGUCGUACGAGAACCCGAUACAGGAUCUGAACGCCACCUGCAACACGCAACUGUUCAAUCUGAAUUGCAUGCAUGUGAGCACGCCGGAGACCAAGAGGCAGCAGGAGCAGGGCGUCACGACGGACGAGGAGGUGGGCAGCACCAGGAAACAAUUGUUCGCCGAACCGUACCAGGUGCGCAGGAGCGAGGCAAAGGCCCUCAGCGUCAUCUAUGAGGACUCGAAGAGUGGUUUUGGUUCGUCAACGUCUAGCGGUGGCUCGACGAAAUCCUCGAACCAGACGACGGCCUCCACAAUGAGGGGCAGCACCAUGGCGACAAUAGAAGAGCACAACAGUUAUUUGGCACAAAAUCUGAUGGCGAACGCCGCCUUACGUUCCAGCUUGUUGGGGAAUUUAAUGACUGAUUAUGGUACCCCUCCACCUGUGGACCACCGUCAGGAUGUAUCAUCGGUGAACACUGUCCUAGGGGAUAGCUACACGCAGUCCCCCAGGCCGUCCAGUCUGUCCGUUCCUAAUGAAACGCUUGAAAGGACGAUUCCUAAACCGGCGUCCGUGACACCACUGUCAGUGGCGCCAGCGAAUCCAUUCGAUUCGGAACUAAUAAAUCAAUUGUUGGAGAGAGUUCGAUUUCCGGGUCCACACACCCAAGGAUAUAAGCGUGUCAGUAUGCUGCCCAAACUGGCACCCAAAAAGGAUCCAGUAUUUAUAGAUAACACUGAAUAUAUAGUUGAAAAAAUGAUAGGUAAAGGCACUUAUGGAACAGUAUUUAAAGCUCUGAACAAAAGGUACCGUGAAUAUGUGGCAAUCAAAUACCAAAAACCACCGAAUCCUUGGGAGUUCUACAUCUGCAGGGAGAUUCAAUCUCGACUGAACUCCAACGAGCUUCGCGCCCAUUUCAUGGACGUAUCCCAGGCCUACUACAUGGCCGACUCUUCGAUACUGAUCUCCGAGUUCAUGCCCUACGGCUCCUUGCUGGACGUGGCGAAUCUGGUGAAACAAAAAUCGGGCAAGGGCAUGAAGGAGAUCCUCUGCUUCUACUUCACCUUGGAAAUGCUGAGCGUGGUCCAGACGCUGCACGACAUCCAAAUCAUACACGCCGACAUAAAACCGGACAACUUCCUGGUGAUGCUGAAGCCGGACGGCACCGCCGGCCUUCAACUGAUCGACUUCGGGUGCAGCAUCGACAUGACUCUGUUCCCGGCCGGCACGACGUUCACGCAGAAGAUCACCACGGAGGACUUUGUGUGCUGUGAGAUGCGCGACGGCCGGCCCUGGAGCUACCACACGGAUCUGUUUUGCGUCGCGGCAUCCGCCCACGUUUUGCUGUUCGAAAAGUAUAUUUCCAGCUUCCUGAGCAAGGCGGGCAACGUGUGGUCGAUCAACAGUCGGUUCCCGAGGUACGCGAGGGUCGACCUAUGGAACACGCUGUUCAGUGCGCUGCUCAACCAGCAGGAGGGGCCGGCUGACACGGCUCCGCUCAUGUUCAUGCUGAGGGAGCACAUCGACAACACCGGCAGUUUUUCGGACGACAUGAGGUUUCUGGUUAACAUGUUGAAGGGUCGAUAGCGUUUUUAAGCGAAUUAGCCGCGGUGCAUUCUAUUCUCUUUUAUUGCAGUUGUAUGUUUAAUUGAGAUUUGAUAAAUCUUGAUUACUGUAUUUUAGGUUCUUAAUUAAAGCAUUUUAAUUUAUUUUUUCUUCA